AAUUAAGUGGGCUCUUACUAUUGGGCUACGACCAUGAAGAUUGAUUGCAGAAAAUGACAAAAAACGCCCAUGGAUUGAAAACCCAACCUAACCAACCCAUAAGACCCAAUGGCCUACGCCAAGCUAGGCAUCCGGUUUUUGCGCGACGCUUCCCACGCAACCAUACUCAGUGACUUGGCAGGCACCAAAAAAAGCACCGCAAAAGCGCGCUAAUAGGGAGUAGAGCAAAAGGACGCUUUUGUCAAAAGCACAGAGAGAGAGAGAGAGCAAGGACCACGUUUGAUCAACCGCCUCAAUCGCGCGCCACGUGUAAUCCCUCCCCUGUCCUCUCUCUCUUCCUGUACGUUUUAAACUCCCAAUGACUCAUCCUCCAAUCAGAUUUUAUCUCAUUCGGUUGCAUGCAAGUGAGAGGCAUCGAGUCGACACGUACCAGCACUGCCAAAUAUAACCGACCCAGAGAAGAGAGGCAGUUUCGUAAAUUUCCGGAGUAAAACAAAAAAACCACCCAAACCAAUCGUGAUAGGUGUACCCACGCAUGGCGGCCAAACCCACACGCGUUAUGAUGAGAGGGUGUUUGGUUACAAGUGAAGGCAUGCAAGCCAGGCGUCUGAUUGGUAUGGUUGACAAAUCCCAGCUACACCCAGCCCUUGGGCUAAGUGGUCUAUGUGAAAAGUUACAGUGGACCUGUCCUACCAACAGUGUUAAUUCCCACAAGUAACUUAUUUCUGAGCUCUCACAAACACGUACCCACCGUACAAUUCCAAGUGGCAGUCUCUGCUUUCUCUUCGCUUCAUGUUGCCCUUCUCUCAUUGGCCACUUGUCACUCUUAAAUACACCCGUUACAAGAUCAAUCCCUCUUCAAAAACCACUGCAAGUCCUCCUCCUCCUUCCCUAUCUCCUCUCUCACUUCCUUCCUCACAGCUCUCCUCUGCCUGCCUUCUGCAUUUCUCUCUCAAAAGCUCUCUUUUGGGUCUCCAGUGAUCACCAUUACAGAAUAGCUGGUGGGGCUUAGACUUUUGCUGUCAAGAAAAGCACCUACCACCAUGAUCAAGACACUCAAUCCUUACAACACCAACACAGAGAAAACUGCUGAGAUUAUGUCUAGGUAUAGGCCCAUAGCACCUAAACCUGAGACCCCAGCAAACUCAGCAGGUGAGAAUCCAUCCUUAUCUAAGAAGAUCAGAGAGUCUCCUUACCUUAGAAACCUCUGGCCACAAUUGCAGGCCAGACCCACCAGGACUAGAAAGAGAGGUCGAUCUGCUCUGUCACCAACAACCUUCAAGAGGCAGAGGACCCAUCAUGUGUUUGGGUUUUCUACCCCUUGUCAUGUAACAUAUCCGGCUAAAAAUCUCACCUUGGAUGGUUUUGCUCAUGCUCUUUCACAGCUCCCCAUGCCAACAAGCUUUGAUGCAGUCAAAAGCACCAGUUUGAUGACUCUGCCUCUUCUUCAAUACCCUGCUCCUCCUUCUCCUCAUUCUCCUCCUCCUCCUCCUCCUCCUCCAUCAGUUCCUGUUGUGACCAACCAACCAAUGGUGCCAGCUGAGUUUGAGUUAAUUAAACCUUGUGAAGGAGAGGAGAAGCUGAUAGAUUUGAACAUUGUGGCUGAAAUUCCAGAAGAAAAAGAUCUGCUGCAGCAACUACAAGGAAGUGCCGCUACCCCUACACCAAUCAAUGUCAUAGCACCUCAGCCAGUUCGACCUGUGGGCUCCAGCAUAAGUGUUGGGUGCAUCAAAACAGACCUAAGCCUAGCCCCAGCAGAGCAAGCUCCUAAGAAACCAGAGGAUGUUGAGGACGAGGUGGAGUCUGAGGCCCUGCCAGCAAUCAUAUCCGAUUCACACAACAAGGUGAGGAUGGCAAACUCUGCUUACAAGGAGAUGGUGGGCCAGCCAGAGUGUUCAUGGCUCGAUUCUAUGGUGGCCAGUGAUGGGCGUUUCGGAGGGAGCUCUUGCAAGAGGAUCAGUGGGGAGGUCAUACUUGAGCUUUCUGAGUCAGGGGUACCAGUUUCAUCAAAUGGGUUUUCAUGCUGGGUGAGGAUUGAGUGGGGAAAUGAGAUGAAUAAGCAUGCAAUCAAUGCUUUCUGUGAUGUGAUCAAGCUGUCCUGUGAGACUAAGGACUACCUCUUUAGUUGGAGGUUCCACACUCACAGCAAAGAGGGAUCUCAGUCCAGUUCAUCUAAUGCUUGAAAUGUCAAAUAAU